AUGGAUCUUUGCUUGAAGAAGGAGAUGAAAGUCUUCCCCGUUUUCUAUGGAGUUGAUCCAUAUCAUGUGAGACAUCAAACUGGGAGUUUCACAUUGGACAAGUACCAAGUCCCAGAAAUGGCUAACAAGUUGGAGAAAUGGGUAGAAGCUCUUACGCAGAUCGCUAGCAUAGUAGGCAAGAAUACUGCAACGUGUGAAAACGAGGCCUUGAUGAUUGAAAAUAUUGUGGAAGGCAUUUCAAACCAGUUGUAUUUUAUGCAACCAGUAAUUUUCAGUGAUCUUGUUGUUGGAACGGACGAUCACAUGGAACGACUGAAUCCUCUGUUGAGUAUGGAAUCUGAGGAUGAGGUUCGUAUGAUAGGAAUCUGGGGAAUGGGAGGUAUUGGCAAAACUACCAUCGCAAGAUCUGUAGAGAGCAUGGCGUCUCGUAUGUACGGAAAAAGUUUCUUUCAACCACACUCUGUGCAUGCCCUCUCUAACUACAACCGCUGGUUUGGCCCAGGCAGCCGAAUCAUCAUAACAACCCGGGACAGGGACUUGCUUAAUUCAUGCAGAGUAAGAAUUGUAUAUGAAGUUAAGUGUUUGGAUGCUGAUGCUGCUCUUAAGAUAUUUAACCAGUUCGCUUUUGAAGAAGGGGUUCCUCCUGAAAUUUAUGAAAAAUUCUCAAUCCGAGCGUCUUGGCUUGCUCAAGGUCUGCCGGCCGCAAUUGAAGCUUACGGUUUACAUUUCCGAGGAUUGACAUCUUUGAAGGAAUGGGACGAUGCGUUAUGUAGACUUAUAAGAGCUCCUUGA